GUCUGAAGAAAAAAAUAAGCGCCAAUUGCCAAAGGGCUACAGCCUACAGUAAACUUCUUCGGGCAGACCCUCAGUAGAAGUGUUCACAUUCGCACAAAUCAGCCAAUAAAAAUUGUAGUAGCGAACUACUAAUAGUCGUACAUUUCUAAGAAGGUUCUAAACUUAUACGGCCCCAACAUCGAUUGGUCCAUUUCUCUCUGUGUAGAUUCAUUUUUGCACUUUGCAGGGAAGAAAAACCAGUCAGUCCACCGGCGCCGGCAUGGCUGAAAGUAACUGGGUCCUAGCCGAUGAAGGGAUUGUUGACCUUGACGAAAUCUUUACUGAAUCGGAGUUCUUCGAGUACUUCGGUACAGAAAUGGUCAUGUCCGGCAGCUCGUCGCCCAAAAGGUUUCUGGUCCUUUGGAACCAAGAAGAUGAAGAGCUAGAUUCUACCUUUAUUAGAUCUCGGUCUCCCUCGACCAGAAUUGAUAACUGGAUGAUCAAAGAUAAGAUCAGAAAAGCCCUUGAGCAUGUAGAUCUGGCUUCUUCUCUCUCAAUCCUAGCUCAGUUUUGGGCCCCUCUGAUUAUCGCCGACCAGUGCUUCCUCCGAACUUUAUAUCAACCGUUCGGUGUGACUUAUCUGGGAAAGGGACUCUGUUCUUACCGAAAAAAAUCGUCGGGUUUUCACUACAGAUGUUUUUCCAACUCCGGUGAGAGUAAGAUUCAUCUUGAAGAUGGAAGUGAAAGCAUCGUUUUGGCUGGCGGCCCGCCUUCCAGAGUAUUCAUCAGUGGAUUCCCGGAGUACAGCCCGGAUGUGGAAUUCUACACCGAUACAGAGUACCCCCCGCGGCAAUAUGCUCUGCAUCGCAAAAUAAAGAAUUAUAUGGCCGUGCCAGUAUUUGAAAGCGACUCCCAGCGAUGCGUUGGCGUAGUUGAACUUGUCUCCACAACUGGAUCUGGAGGAGGUAAUAAAGUUUUUAAAAUUUUACGACAUUAUGACAUGUAUAUGUUGUGUCUUUAUAAUUGUUUAAAUUUUUAAAGAUAUUCGGUUAUCUCUUUCUACUUAUUUCUUUUUUUGAUUAAGUAAUUUCUUAAAAUGUCUAGUAGAUAAAAUGACCACAUUCAGCAAAAAUAGCAUACGGUAGGUUGCUAUUUGGUUAUUUACCCUUGAGUUUUGGCUAGAUUCCCCGAGUUUAGAUAAUACUAUUAAAUUUACCCUUGAGUUUUGGCUAGAUUUCCAGUUUAGAUAAUACUAUUAAAUAUCCCUUUGACUCAUAGUCAACCUAUCAAAUACCACAUUAACAUAUUAACAUAUUCGUAAAUUUUGUGUCAAACUAAGAAGAGUAAUGAUUGGUAUAAGAAAAAAAUGACGAGAAAAAAUUAUAAGGAAAUGAUCUCAAUUAUCCAUUGUUAAAACUUUCCAAACAGGGUUUAUGUAUUUAAGGUUAAGGCAUAGUUAACAUCUUGACACAUCAUUCUUUGUCAUUUUUCCUUGUCAUUUUUUCCUUGUACCUAUCACUACUCUAGUAAGAAAUACUCUUCAAUCCAUAUUUUUUCAAUUAUAAAUAUAAAUGUUUUCAAUAACGGAUAUAUUAUACAUUAAGAUAGUGGGAGGGUUGGAUGGGUUAGUUAGGGACUAACGGUGGAGAUAGUUAUUACCAAUAGUUCGAGGUUUUAUACUUGUUAGGACCAUCCAAUUUUUAUUUUUUUUAAAAAAAUUAAGAUAAGAAAAUAUCAUAUUAAUCUUUUUAUAUUGAUGCACUUGAAUAAUAAAUUUUCAAAAUUACAUUUAUCAAUUUUUUGAAAUAAAAUAAUUCUUAUUAGUCAACUUUUGUUAUCAAUCAUGAUUAAGUGUCUUUAUUAACUUUUUUUCGGUAAGUUCUUUACUAAUUUACAUUGUAACAAAAUGUGAAAAUGAUUAAUUAAGUAAUUUUUAUUUUUAAUAACAAAGAAAUGAAGAAGCCAAACCGAUUAAUAAAAAAAAAAAAGAAGUUUGUGUACACCAAGGUCAAUUUUGUACUUUUAAUGUGUAGUUGCUUCUCAGAGAUAAUAUGAUAGUAUUACAAAAAUUCAGAUGUUUAUGGUAAAUCAUGCCAAAACUCGGAAAGUAAAAUCUGAUUCGCCAUAUUUAAUUUCUUCUGAAAACGAAGUCCAUUGUACUUCUUUUUUCAAUGCAACUUCUAUAUUAUAGUAUGAGUAAGGUGUAUUACGAGCUUGUAUUAUUGUAAUCCAGCCACUCUUUUAUUGCGAGGUUUCAAUCAGAGAUGGACAAGCCUGCGUACAUUUUUGGACUAAUGUCAACUGCACUACAGGGAGUAGGACUGAGGACUUCAACAUUUACAUCACACUUCAAAAUGGAAAACCACUUGGCACAGGCCCUGGUUUCAGAUAAUUGUUCUUUUCAGCAGAGCUCCAUGAGACGAUCCAAUGCACUGCGUGACAUUGGGGUGGCGUUGCAGGAGGUCAGUAUUAGUCACGGCUUACAAUUUGCUCAGGCCUGGACUCAUAUGGAAUUCAAUGGCCACACACCGUAUGCCUUGUCCACCGCGAGCUAUGGAUAUUAUCAAUCACAUCCGGGAUUCUCCAUAUUUAGAGAUACCUGUGAAAGUUUUCACCUAACCUCAGGGGGAGGGGUUGUUUCCAAGGCAUUUACUUGCGGCGGUUUAUGCUUCUGCAGAGACAUUGGGCGGUUAAGUAUAGCAGAUUACUCAUUUGCUCAUGUUGCCAGAAAGGUUUUGUUAACUGCUUCUUUUGCUAUUUGUUUAAAGAGCCAUCAUUAUGAGUCCCCGGAGAAUUCACUUCCAAAUGUUUAUGUACUUGAGUUCUUUCUUCCUAGUACUGCCGCUGAGAAUCCACGAGAACUUUUGGAACAUGUGUUAUUGACAAUGAAGAAGCACCUCAACGGGUUCGUGAUUGGAAGUGGAGAAAAUUUGGAAAGUGGAAUUAAUGUUCAGGUUUUAAGAGUUCCAGAAGAGGAUGAUAAUUGCCAAGAAUCUUUUAGAUUGUUCCCUAACAUUAGUAGUACUGGUGGUUCUGUUGGAUUAGCGUUGGAUGAUCAAAGUUCCUAUAUGAAGCUCACACAAACAACAAUCUCUGUUCAACAAAGUGGCUUGGAAGAUAGUGCUACAGGUAACGCAGAGAGUAACACUGUGUUUAAUUACUCAGAAAGCCUGGCGGAAGAAGCUUCCAUCGAUUGGGAGGAGUUAUUUGCGGAUUAUGGCGCUAUCUCUACUUCUGUCUCAUUUGGUUGCGGAGAAGAGCACUCUUCUGAUACUCGAUCAAUGAAAGGAACCGGUAGUAGCCUUAAUAACUCCAUUGUCUCGACUUCUAGGUUUCCAGAUAAAGAUCACGGGGCGGCCGAUCAGGAUGUCUUUGGCGGUUGCCCAUUUGUUGGCCCUGCGAUAGAUUACAAUGCGAAGGUUAAAUUUGCCGAACUUAAAGAAACUAUCGAAAAACAUUUUGACAAGAAGCUUAAGGAGGCUGCUAGCUCUAUGAAAGUAAGUCCGUCUACACUGAAGCGACGAUGCAGGGAUGUUGGGAUCCCGUGUUGGCCGCGCAAGAAACCUAAUGGCGGCGCUUGCGCAGCUGCCACUAUUGAGCAUUCGGGCAAACAGAACGAAAAGAACAAAUGUGAUGAAGACGAUAGCCGGCAGCAAUGUUCUGCCGUGUGUGGUGGAAAAGAAACAAGUACUACAACAUUAUCUAGCAAGAACUACUACAAUGCUCCACAAGCUGUUGCAAGAUUGCCUCCUCGUACCUUUAUGACCAUAAAGGCUCGAUACGGAAAACACAUUAUGAUAAAGUUUCCACUUCCAUUUUCAUCACAGUUGACGCACUUGGAAUUAGAAGUUGCUACGAGGCUAAAAUUAGAGAUUGGUAGUUUUAAGCUUUGGUAUGUAGAUGAAGAUAACGAAUUCAUCUUACUGACCUGUGAUGCUGACUUGCGGACCAUGGAAUCAAUGGGAAUGUCUACAAUCAGAGCUUGUGUCACACAGGGAGAUUCAGCUCCUGAAUGGAUUCAUUAAUUCUUGAUUAUUUAUUUAUUUUAUUUUUUUUUCCAAAGGGAAGUUUCUACUCUUGAAACUUUUGGUUGUUUUAUUUUCUCUUAAAUUUACUGCUAAUCCAGUCCCACACCUGAUGGUUAAGG